UCGAGGAAAACCCCCUCGUGUACGCGCACGUCACGUGGCGUAAAUACGUCAUCGGAGCGCGCCGUCUUUCUUUCUCUCGUCCUGAAGAUGGCGGCAGGGACUCUGUACACCUACCCAGAGAACUGGCGGGCCUUUAAGGCUCAAAUUAGUGCCCAGUACAGUGGCGCUAGUCUCAAAGUAGCCAGUAGCGCCCCUGCCUUUACCUUCGGGCAGACAAACCGUACCCCGGCCUUCCUCAACAACUUUCCAUUGGGCAAGGUACCUGCCUACCAAGGAGAUGACGGUUUCUGUCUGUUCGAGAGCAACGCCAUUGCUCACUACUUGAGCAAUGAUGUCCUGCGUGGUGCCACUCUCCAGGCUGCAGCUCAGGUGCUGCAGUGGGUGAGCUUUGUGGACUCUGAGAUUGUGCCUCCAGCCAGCACAUGGGUGUUCCCCACUCUUGGGAUCAUGCAGUUCAACAAGCAGGCCACAGAGCAGGCAAAGGAGGAUGUGAAAAAGGUGCUUGGAGUCCUCAACCAGCACCUGAACACUCGCACCUUCCUGGUGGGCGAGAGGGUCAGCCUUGCUGACAUCUCCGUGGCCUGCUCCAUGCUGUGGCUCUUCAAGCAGGUCCUUGACCCAUCUUUCCGUCAACCUUACACCAACGUCACCCGUUGGUUUGUCACCUGUGUCAACCAGCCUCAGUUCAAGUCUGUCCUCGGGGAGGUCAAGCUGUGUGAAAAAAUGGCCCAGUUUGACGCAAAGAAGUUUGCUGAGAUGCAGCCCAAAAAAGAAGCACCCCCCAAGAAAGAGAAGGCAGCAAAGCCUCAGGAGAAGAAAGAGAAGAAAAAGGAAGAGAAGAAGCCUGAACCAGAGGAGGAGAUGGAUGAAUGUGAUGCUGCUUUGGCUGCAGAGCCCAAAACCAAGGACCCCUUUGCAGAGCUACCAAAGAGCACGUUUGUCAUGGACGACUUCAAGAAAAAGUACUCAAACGAGGACACCGUGAAAGUCGCACUGCCUUAUUUCUGGGAGCACUUUGACCCCGAGGGUUUCUCUAUCUGGUAUUCAGAGUACAAAUUCCCAGGCGAGCUGACCGAGGUCUUCAAAAGCUGCAACCUUAUCGGUGGUAUGUUCCAGCGCCUUGACAAACUUCGAAAGAAUGCCUUUGCUAGUGUCCUCUUGUUUGGUGGCAACAAUGACAGCUCCAUCUCUGGACUGUGGGUCUUCAGAGGCCAAAAACUGGCUUUCCCUCUGAGUGCAGACUGGCAAAUCGACUAUGAGUCAUAUGACUGGCGCAAGCUGGAUCCAAACAGUGAGGAGUGCAAGACCAUGGUGAGAGAAUACUUCACGUGGGAGGGAGAAUUCAAGCAUGUGGGCAAAAGCGUCAACCAGGGCAAGGUCUUCAAGUGAGUGGACACUUGGACAGUCUGGAACCAAAGCACUUUAGGCUUCUGCUCUCCACACUUUCACCCUACAAACUUUGAGCUGCCAGGUGCAAACACAAUUGCAACUGAAGGUGUUUUGGAUUUGUCUGUGACCCAAAACUUUUGUUGUGACUUGCAAAAUAAAGUGUUUUUCACAAUGCC